AAAUUCAGAAUCGGGAAGCUUUGUUAUCUUGUCUAAGGUCAUAUUGUUUGACGCUAAAGCCAGAACUUAAAGAUUUCUUAUGACCAGCCUACUCUUCUGCUUUGUAAAACUCCAUGCAAAGAAUAAGAUAUAAAGAAGAUUACAUGGAAUAGGAAUCAUCCUGGGUUUCUGAACUAAUGAAUAGAAAAUGGGAAGAAAAGCUGAAGCAGAUCGAAGAGCGAGCAUCUUAUUACCAGAUGAAACCACUGUGCUCCGUGUAUAGGCCAAGAUUGUCCAAACUGGAAGAACCACCCUCCAUUUGGAAACUAUUUCAUCGUCAAACACAAGCUUUUAAUUUUGCUAAAACUUGUAAACAGGAUGUACAUGUAUUUGCUUUGGAGUACAAAACAGGAGAUGGACAGCGUAUUUAUCUUGUCACAACCUAUUUUCAGCUCUGGUUUUACUACAAAUCUCGGAAAAAUCUCUUGCACUGCUACGAAGUGAUUCCUGAAAAUGCUGUGUGCAAGCUUUAUUUUGAUUUAGAAUUUAACAAGCCUGCCAACCCAGGAGCUGAUGGGAAAAAGAUGGUCAUGUUACUGAUUGAGUAUGUAUGCAGAGAGCUUCAAGAUUUAUAUGGUAUAAAUUGCUCGGCUAUAGAUGUUUUCAACUUGGAUUCUAGCACUAAAGAGAAGUUUAGCCGCCAUUUAAUAUUCCAGCUCCGUGAUGCAGCAUUCAAAGAUAACAUCCAUGUUGGUAAUUUUGUGAGAACAGUUUUACAACCUGCUAUUGACUUAAUUGCCAGUGAAGAUGAUGUCAACCUUCCAGAGACAGUGGGCCCUGGAUUUUCUCAUUUGCCUGAAGCGCUGAUAGAACAAGGAAGUUCCUUUAACAGAAUGUCCCAAGAUAUGGGCCUAAGAGAGAACGGGACAUUGAAUUCCAGGAAACAAGACAGUCUGGGAUCAGCUAAGCAAAGUGAUCCUGAUCUUUCAUUUUUAGUUGUGAAGAAUAACAUGGGAGAGAAGCAUCUCUUUGUAGAUCUGGGAGUUUAUACAAGAAAUAGAAACUUCCGGCUGUAUAAGUCAUCAAAACUAGGAAAACACGUGACUUUGGAGAUUGCUGAAGAUAACAAAUUUUUUCCGAAGCAAUCGAAAGCUGUUUCUGAAGAGUACCAAUAUUUCCUGUCAUCUUUGGUGUGCAAUGUCAGAUUCUCAGAUGCUUUACGAAUCCUUACAUGUGAAGCAACUCAGGAUAACAGAAAGCGACCAGAGCAUUUUAAUAAUACCAACAUUUCAGUAGAAACCCUCGAAGGUUUUCACUCUUCACCCUACCCUGAAGUCGAUCGGUUUGUUCUUUCCUUGGUGACUAAAAAUGACAUUAAAGGAGGAAUCAGACGGUGGAGCUACUUUUCCUCAGAAGAAUUGCUGGUUUAUGAUAUUUUCAAAUAUCGCUGGUGUGAAAAUAUUAGAAGAGCCCACAAGAGCAAUAACAUCAUGAUUCUGGUUGAUCUGAAAAAUGAAGUUUGGUAUCAAAAAUGUCAUGAUCCCGUAUGUAAAGCAGAAAACUUCAAAUCUGCCUGUUUUCCACUGCCUGAUGAAGUACGUCUUCUGUUUCUUUUCAAAGAGGAAGAAGAGUUUACAGCAGAUGAAAUUUGGAAUAAUGAAACCCAGAGUCAUCUUAAACCAUCACCUAGUAAGUUGUCAGCAGGUGCAUCCUCCGACAUCGACUGGGACAAUGACGCGGACGAUGCUCACUUUCUAGAAGCUACUGAAGAUGCUGAAUUAGCUGAGGCUGCAGAGAGCAGUCUUCAGAGUUACAGCAGUGGAGUGGAUGAAAUUGUUAUGGAAAUUUUCCAGGAGUAG